CCCUCUCUCUCUCUCUCUCUCUCUCUCUCAACUGUUACUGGAAAUUUGGUACCACAUUGCUCAAUGUCAUGUAAAGACCAACAGUCGCUAGUCAAGAAACCAGGCAUAAAUACUACAGGUCUUCACAGGUUUUUCUAUUUGGGCGUGACUCUCUAUUUUGUUCUUCUCUCUUCUCAGUUCUUGAAGAUGCCUAGGCCAGGCCCGAGACCCUAUGAGUGUGUUAGGAGAGCUUGGCACAGUGAUAGACACCAACCCAUGAGAGGCUCUCUCAUUCAAGAGAUUUUCAGGGUUGUGAAUGAUAUUCAUAGUUCAGCAACAAAAAAGAACGAGGAAUGGCAAGAGAAGCUCCCUGUUGUUGUCCUAAAAGCUGAAGAAAUUUUGUACUCCAAAGCUAAUUCUGAGGCCGAGUAUAUGGAUCUUGCUACUCUUUGGGACAGAGCAAAUGAUGCCAUUAACACAAUAGUUAGACGAGAUGAGAGUACUGAAACUGGAGACCUUUUACUGCCUUGUAUUGAAGCUGCUCUCCAUCUAGGCUGCACUCCAAGAAGAGCAUCAAGGAGCCAACGGAACAUCACUCCCGGUUGUUAUCUUAGUGCUAGCACUUCAGAGGUAGCCUCUGUUCCUACCACCAAUUUAGAGAGUACAAGUCAGGGAAAUUAUACAACCAAUGGCCAAUUAUUUUCUCAUUAUUCAAGCUUCAUGAAGCCAGUUAUGAUGACUUCCAACCGCUUUAUCUCAGAGUCUCAUAACUGCGUUACCCCAAACAAUAGUUUCCCCCGUUACAAAUAUCCAUCAUUGCCUGAGAAGUUUCCUCUCUUUGGUGAUCAUCAACGAUCACCUAAGAAAACAAAAUAUUCAUCCAACUCGUAUUCAGUUUAUCCAUUAUAUUAUGAAAGCCAACUCCAAUUUAAUUUUGGUAACCUUUCCAAGACAAUUUCUCUCUCCACAAGGCCUAGUGAGAUGGAUGCCACAACAAAGCUUUCCUCUGACAGAGUGGAUGCUUCUAAUGCGAUUACUCAGUUAGAUCUCGGAGACACAUCUGAGAACCCGCCUGUACUUGGCUGCGAUUUAUCAUUGCGAUUGGGCCCUUCUGCGGUUCCAUGCAUAAGCAUCGAAAACAGUUGGCCUCAAGAGGUUGAAGAUGUUGAUUCGAGUGCUUCUCAAGAGGGAAACAAGUAUAGUGAUCUCCCUCCACCAAUGAAUAAAGACUUCUCUUUCUUCCUUGAGGUAAAUGCUGAUGAGGCCUUAGAAUCCUGUUUAUGUAAAGAGGAACUGAGAACGAAAUUUUGAAUGUAGAGGCAACUAUAAGAAAAAGGAAAGCAGUCCUCAACUAUCCAGCCAAUGACAAACAAUUUUUUUGGCAGUCAAAGCUUCCAUUUAGCGACUUCAGUGGAAAGACGAGCAAUGCAGACUAGCAAAUUGACUUCUGCUUCUGUAGUUUCCUUUACAAUUAUGGAAUGGUGAAGCAAAUACCUAUUGCUGUAGCCUUCUUGCAAUCUUCUUGUACUUGGCGGUUAUGUCUCUCAUUAACUUAUUGAUGAGUUGCUUGUUGUAAUGUUGCAAUAUUUCCAGUGUAAAUACUGGUUGAGUUUGAAUAUGAAUAAAUAAAUAUUA